AUGGCUACCACCGUCCACUUCUUCCUUUCAGCUCUCUUUCUUUCUCUCGUUGCCCAAGGAUACUGUCAAUGCUCGAUAGCCGACGUGACGAUCAGACAAAUGCAAACUGGGAAAACAGUGGCAAACAAGGCGGAAUGGAAAGCCACAAUCACCAACGGUUGCCCUUGCACUCAGUCUGAUUUGAAACUCAGCUGCGAUGGAUUUCAGACAGUGGAAGCCGUUGAUCCGUCGGUGAUAUCGAAAUCAGGGGGAGAAUGUUUGAUCAACGCUGGCCAGCCAGUGGCUCCCAACACCUAUCUGAGCUUCAACUAUGCUUGGGAUACUCCCUUCUCCUUCAAGCCCCUUUCAUCCCAACCCAAUUGUUCUUACAUUUUGAGUCUAAAAGUACGAUUUUUGAAUUCUAGUGCUACUAAGUUCCUUCAAUAA